AUGCCCCGCCAGCACGCGGGCGGAGAGGAGGGCGGCGCCGCCGGGCUCUGGGUGAGGAGCGGUGCGGCGGCGGCGGCGGCGGCGGGCUGGGGGCGCGCGGGCUGCGGCAUGAAGGAUGUGGAGUCGGGCCGGGCCAGGGCGCUGCUGAACUCGGCGGCCGCCGGGGGCGACGGGCUGCUGCUGCUGGGCACCCGCGCGGCCGCGCUGGGCGGCGGCGGCGGCGGCCUGCGGGAGAGCCGGCGGGGCAAGCAGGGCGCCCGGAUGAGCCUGCUGGGGAAGCCGCUCUCCUACAGCAGCGGCCAGAGCUGCCGGCGUAACGUCAAGUACCGGCGGCUGCAGAACUACCUGUACAACGUGCUGGAGAGACCCCGCGGCUGGGCGUUCGUCUACCACGCUUUCGUUUUUCUCCUUGUCUUUGGUUGCUUGAUUUUGUCAGUGUUUUCCACCAUCCCCGAGCACACAAAAUUGGCCUCAAGUUGCCUCUUGAUUCUGGAGUUCGUGAUGAUCGUCGUCUUUGGUUUGGAGUUCAUCAUUCGAAUCUGGUCUGCAGGCUGCUGUUGCCGGUACAGAGGAUGGCAAGGAAGACUGAGAUUUGCCCGGAAGCCCUUCUGCGUUAUAGAUACCAUCGUCCUCAUCGCCUCCAUAGCAGUAGUUUCUGCCAAAACUCAGGGUAACAUCUUCGCCACGUCGGCGCUGCGCAGCCUGCGCUUCCUGCAGAUCCUGCGCAUGGUGCGCAUGGACAGGCGCGGCGGCACCUGGAAGCUGCUGGGCUCCGUGGUCUACGCGCACAGCAAGGAAUUAAUCACCGCUUGGUACAUAGGAUUUUUGGUUCUGAUUUUUUCGUCUUUCCUUGUCUAUCUGGUGGAAAAGGAUGCCAAUAAGGAAUUUUCUACAUACGCGGAUGCACUCUGGUGGGGCACGAUAACGUUGACCACAAUUGGCUAUGGAGACAAAACCCCCCUGACCUGGCUGGGAAGGCUGCUCUCUGCAGGCUUUGCACUCCUGGGCAUUUCUUUCUUUGCGCUUCCUGCUGGCAUUCUUGGCUCAGGUUUUGCAUUAAAAGUACAAGAACAGCACCGCCAGAAGCACUUUGAGAAAAGAAGGAACCCAGCUGCCAACCUCAUCCAGUGCGUUUGGCGCAGUUAUGCAGCCGACGAGAAAUCUGUCUCCGUUGCAACCUGGAAGCCGCACCUGAAGGCCUUGCACACCUGCAGCCCCACCAAGAAAGAACAAGGGGAAGCAUCAAGCAGUAAGGUCUGUAGUCAUAAGCAGAAGCUCUUCAGAAUACACACCUCAUGGAAGCAGAGCCAGAAGCUCAGCUUCAAGGAGCGCGUGCGCAUGGCGAGCCCGCGGGGCCAGAGCGUCAAGAGCAGGCAGGCCUCGCUGGGCGACAGGCGGUCCCCCAGCACGGACAUCACCGCCGAGGGCAGCCCCACCAAAGUGCAGAAGAGCUGGAGCUUCAACGACCGCACCCGCUUCCGGCCCUCGCUGCGGCUCAAGAGCUCCCAGCCCAAGCCGGUGGCAGAUGCUGACACGGCGCUUGGCACCGACGACGUGUAUGAUGACAAAGGAUGCCAGUGUGACGUGUCUGUGGAGGACCUCACCCCACCACUGAAAACUGUCAUUCGGGCAAUCAGAAUUAUGAAGUUUCACGUUGCAAAACGGAAGUUUAAGGAAACAUUACGCCCGUAUGACGUAAAAGACGUCAUCGAACAGUAUUCUGCGGGUCACCUGGACAUGCUGUGCAGAAUUAAAAGCCUGCAAACACGUGUGGAUCAAAUUCUUGGAAAAGGGCAAAUCCCAUCAGAUAAGAAGAGCAGAGAGAAAAUAACCGCAGAACAUGAGACCACAGAUGACCUCAGCAUGCUCGGCCGAGUGGUCAAGGUUGAAAAACAGGUCCAGUCCAUCGAGGCCAAGCUGGACUGCCUGCUGGACAUCUACCAGCACGCCCUGCGGAAAGGCUCGGCGUCGGCCCUCGCACUGGCCCCCUUGCAGAUCCCGCCUUUCGACUGCGAGCACACCGCGGACUAUCAGAGCCCGGCCGGCGGCAGAGACCUGCCGGGCCCGGCCCCGCCCGGCGGCCGCCUGCCCCGCUCGGCCAGCGCGGGCCUGGCUCGGGGCCUGCAGCUCAUCCUGGCGCCCGGCGAGCUGGGCGCGCAGACCUUGUACGCGCUGAGCCCCCCGGCGGCCCUGGGGCCCGGGAGCCCGGGCGACGGCCCGGCGGGGCCGGGGGUGGGCGCGGCCCGGCCGGCGGCUCCCGCCACCCUGCAGAUCCCGGCCCCGCUGCCCGCCCUGGGGGCCCUGGCCCCCGGCCCCGCGGGCCCACACGACGGCCUCCCCGACGUCUCCGCCCGCCUCGAGGCCGCCAAGGACCGCGUGGCGGCCAAGGAGCGCGCGCUGCGCCAGAGCCUCGACCUGGACGGCGCGGCCCUGCUCUCCGUCCGGCCCGCGGCGGCCCAGGACCGGGGCAAGUCGGCGUCGGUGCAGAACCUGAUCCGGUCCGCGGAGGACCUGGACGUGCCGCUGUCGGGGAGCGAGUCCAGCGGCUCCAGGGGCAGCCAAGAUUUUUACCCCAAAUGGAGGGAAUCCAAAUUGUUUAUAACUGAUGAAGAGGCGGGUCCGGAGGAGGCCGGGUCGGACGCCUUGGACGCGGGGCCGCCGGCCCGGGAACCCGCCCUGGCGUCGGACUCUCUCAGGACUGGACGGUUCCGAUCAUCUCGGAGCGCGGGCCCGGUGGCGGGAGGCGCGGAGGCCCUCGGCCGGGCCCACGCCAGGCUGAAAUGAGGCCCUCGUUCGCUUCCCUUGCCCCGCAGCCUCUCGGCCAUACAUGUCGCUGCAUGAACUCUUCGGGAGGCCCUUCUCAAAAGUUGAAUGCCCAAGAAUCAGGAAGAGCAGGAAAGGCAGUUUCCAAGCCCGUUACCUUUUAAUUGCAUGACAAUGCAUGUUCAGGGGAUGGCUGAACUUCCCAGGUAGGACAACAUUACCCCUCAUUCAGGAAGGUACCUCGAGUUAAAACUCCUGAGAAAUCAACACUGCUGGUGCUGUGGUGUGUGUGAAAAUGUCAAGGUCAGGUCGUUUAUAAGGUUGGACUCCGUGUUUUGAAAUGAUGGGAGUAAGCGCCUUCAAAUUUCAGGCAUUUCUGCUUUGUGGUAAAACACAGAAUACAGUUUCAGAAUGAGGCCAUGACGUGCGUACGUGUAAACAUAGUAUCAGCUGCUAACAGGGUGUCCAGUAAAGCAGAAUUGGGGAAUCACAGAAACGGCUGCCUGUUCAAGACGUACUUGCCAACCCGUUCCUAUUCAGGCAUUUUAUUAUUAAUGUAAUUUGAAUGUCAGUUCGUGCGCUUUUGGUGGCUCAACGCUGUGGCCAGCAACUUUGCACGUCAUUUUCAUGUUCUUUAUGCGAGAACGUUAGUCGGUUAGAAAAUGUGCAAACAGUGAAAUUCAGGGCCAGUGGGGCAAAUAGGCUGACUCUCUGACACAUCUGACUUCAGUGGAAACGUAUUCCCUGACGGCUCGCUCCAUCAGCUGCUACACAAGCAAACCAAGGCCCGAGCAGCGGACAGCCGGCCGGGCAGGGCUGAUGUGUGUGCCCUGCAGCGCUCUCCACUAAAGGCAAGUGCGAGAGGCUCUUCCCACGGCUGAUACACACGCAGGAUCCUGGGAGCGGACGUGUGAGUGAUCCUGGGAGCAGACAUGUGAGUGAGACGGGGAUGGAAAAGGCUUGAAAAGAGUCCAGACGCGACACCGGGAAACAAGUGAAGCUCAAGAAAAUGACUUCCCCCUCCAGGGCCAUGAGAGGGAGGGAAACAGACCAAAAGAAAAGAACUUGAUUUUUUUAGAAAACGAAUAUUGCUAGGGAAUUCAACUACCUAAACAUCCCUUAUUCUUAUAUAUAAGCAGAGAAUUUUGAAAGGCAUUUAUUUUUUAAUAUGCCCUGAAUGUUUUUUGCUAUUAGGUAGUACAUUUUGCAUAUGGAAGGCUAAAACUAAACGUCCUUUACUUUUUAUACUGUAGUGCACAUUUUCUAUUCUUCCCGAGAAUGUUGCCCCCAGUCUGAAAUUACUGGUUCAGUUUCCUGGUACAAACAUUUUAUGGUUCGAAGUCAGGUAACACGGGCGGGGUCUGCGAAUCAAAACACUUAAUAAUAUAGCAUGGCAGCAAAAAGACCAAGGGACACCAAAGGAGAAAUGUAUGUACCAGAAGGCAAGCAAAGUUGACCGCUUGUUAGAAACCAGCCUCGCUAGCCCAGACCGGCAGAACUUCAGCCAAGGUAACGGCACCCAAAGGGCCAGGAGAAGAGAGAGAACACUGGUUAAACUCUCACCACAGGAGGACUUAAAAAGGAAGAGUUUUUUCCUUGGCAGUAGUGCUGCCUCCGGGAAAACUUUCCCAGCGGCCAGGAGGACGCAGCAGGGCUAUCGCCGGCCACCCAGAGGCCAGAAGAUGCCCUGACACCUGCCAAGUCCCUCCCAACUCUCCCCAGCCGGGUUUCUCCACCCCAGACUCCCCCCGACUUUUCUUCUCCACAGGCUUAUGGACUCCCUGCCACAAGUUCCCCUCUGGACUUCACCAGCCGACAUCCCCAAGUAAACCGCUUCUCCACUCACCCGAAAUGCGCUUCUCGGCCUUUUAAGACCCUGUCCUUUUUGAUAAACACUGAAAUUUGGCAAGAUUCCUCUUCUCGCCCCACCGGGAUCCUAGCACACUCCCCCGGAGCGUGUCAUUCAGAGUGUGCUUGGGUGCUGGAGAUAUGCAGAAGAGAGUCUAAAUUUUACACUCCAGUUAAGAAGAGGUUCUCAAGCUUUCAAAGCCAUUAUUUUCAUUUUCAAAACGUAGAGUGUUAGUAAAGUAUUAAAUGCAAUGUUUCAUCUACCCAUGUCUCCACUCUAAGUUGUGAUCCAUCCUCCCAAGGAGGUUGUACACAAGAACACACACACACACACACACACACACACACCCUUCCACUGACCCAAAGCCAGACCCCCGCCGUGCACGGCAGGCCUCUCCAGGUGUCAGCCGAGGAAGAGGCAGGAGAUAGCAGCUUUCAGGUAGCACUGAGUCUUGGACACACUCUGUCCGGGUCAAACCCCACUGGCAGCAGGAACUCUGAAUGUACGGGGGACCCCCUUCUUUGGCCCCUUUAGGCCUCAGACACAGUACAGUUCAUCCGGCGUUGCUGAAGACGGAAGAUUCAGAAACAAACCUAAGCCCAUCACUGAGGGUUACCCACAGCCCCGUGUGGUAAACCAGGUUGGGAAAAAGCUUUCAUACAUCCAAGCCAUGACCAUUUUGUGUCUGUCUUACUCUAUAGCGCAAAAAGUCCUGGAUGUCGAAAGCCGGUUGUCUUGUGUGAACACUGGAGGGUUGUGUCUGCUCUGUUCCUCUCGGUGGAGCUGAGAGGGGCCUCCCACUUACUUACACUUCUUUAGCAAAGUCCCUUCGGUCAACCCCAGACGGCGUCUCGAAGCACAAGUUAGCUGAUCAGCCGCCGGCUUUCGUGUUCGUCUGCCCUUCUGCAGUUCGUGGGGCUGAUCCAGCUCACGCUUCACGGCAAACAAACAACAUCCCUUCUAGGAUGUGAACUGAAAAUUUUUGCUCUGUCUGAUCUAAAUGUUUGCAUUUUGUUCAGCUAAAUUAACAUGCGUAGAUUGCAAGUUUUGUUUAAAGAAGACACUUGAUUGAGUUUUUAAGUCUUUAUCUCCUGUUCUAAGGUGCCUUUCUUGCCUCCCCUUGACUCAGUGAUUCUGAACGUUCUUAAUUUGCCAGUAAAACAAGUCUAACAGAGAGGAGGAAAUCAGGCACAAAGUGACUAAUUCUCAUGCCUGUUUGCAAAGCAAACUAUAAGGAAUGAUGCAACUGAGCAACUAAGUGAAUAGGUCACUUCAUCCAGAUUGAGAAAAUAUCAUAAAUGUUAACUUAUCUCCCCAGAAGCUAUUUUUUGCCUUAAAAUGACAUGGUUAUGUUUUUGUAAGAGAAACUUAAUUUAAUAUAAUUAUGUGCAUUUAAGUGAGCAGUUCUGGAAUUCGUGUAUGACAAUGCAGUUGUCUGUUUCCUGAAAACAAAUAAAUCAGGAAUAUCAUAUCCAUUUCAAGCUACCAUUCAAAUGUAAUUUCCUUUGCUCUCUUUUACUGGGAUUAUUUGUUUUAAAGUAAAACAUUAAAAAGAUGUCUAUAAACAGCUAGUGUGACUGCUUUCAUCUCGUACUAACUGGUUUGUUCUCAACUAACUGGGUCCCAGUCGAUGAAACUGAUCGUAUACAGAUUUGGGGUUGAAAUUAAAAAUUACCUUUUUCCAGUG